CUGCGCGCGCUGAUUCGCUAGGUCCACACCGGCCCUCUGCGCUGCCUGCUGUCCGGGCAUUGCAUCACCUGGGAGCGCAGGGCCGCGGCGUGGUUGCCGGCUGCUUUCCAGGCUUGCCAGCCCGCAGGGGCUCUCCAGCAACAAAAUGGUUCAACAAGUUCCAGAAACCAUCAGUUUUCCUGCUGAAGAAGAGAAAAUUUUGCAAUUCUGGUCUGAAUUUGAUUGUUUUCAGGAAUGCUUAAAACAAUCAAAACACAAGCCAAAAUUUACCUUUUAUGAUGGGCCUCCUUUUGCAACUGGACUGCCUCACUACGGACAUAUACUGGCGGGGACAAUCAAAGAUAUAGUUACAAGAUACGCUCACCAGAGUGGGUUUCAUGUUGACAGAAGAUUUGGAUGGGAUUGUCAUGGUUUACCUGUGGAAUAUGAAAUUGAUAAGACGCUGGGCAUCAAAGGACCAGAGGAUGUGGCCAAAAUGGGAAUCGCAGAGUAUAACAAUCACUGCCGAGCAAUUGUGAUGAGAUACUCUACAGAGUGGAAGUCCACUGUCACCAGGCUGGGCCGAUGGAUCGACUUUGACAACGACUACAAAACUCUGUAUCCACAGUUCAUGGAGUCUGUCUGGUGGGUCUUCAAACAACUCUAUGACAAAGGACUUGUUUAUAGAGGUGUGAAAGUCAUGCCCUUCUCCACUGCAUGCAGCACUCCACUUUCCAACUUUGAGUCACACCAGAAUUACAAGGAUGUUCAAGAUCCUUCAGUAUUUGUAACUUUCCCUUUGGAGGAAGAUGAAAAUAUAUCUUUAGUUGCUUGGACAACCACUCCUUGGACUCUGCCUAGUAACCUUGCACUUUGUGUUAAUCCCGAUUUGCAAUAUGUGAAGGUUAAAGAUACUGCUCGAGGAAAGUUCCUCAUUUUAAUGGAAGCCAGAUUGUCUGCCCUCUACAAGUCGGAGAGUGACUAUGAGCUCCUUGAAAGGUUUCCCGGCUCUUAUCUCAAAGGCAAGAAAUAUAAGCCCCUGUUUGACUAUUUUGUGAAGAUGAAAGAAAAUGGUGCUUUCACUGUGCUUGUCGACCACUACGUGAAGGAGGAGGAAGGGACGGGCGUUGUGCACCAGGCUCCUUACUUUGGCGCAGAUGACUAUCGGGUCUGCAUGGACUUCAACAUCAUUCAGAAAGAUUCACUCCCCAUUUGCCCUGUGGAUGCGUCAGGCUGCUUCACCGCAGAAGUGGCCCAUUUUGCAGGACAGUAUGUUAAGGAUGCUGAUAAAAAUAUCAUCAAGACGUUGAAGGAACAGGACCGACUUCUUGUUGCCAGCACCUUCACUCACAGCUACCCUUUCUGCUGGAGGUCAGACACACCCCUGAUUUACAAGGCAGUGCCCAGCUGGUUUGUACGAGUGGAGCACAUGGUGGACCAGCUGCUGAAGAACAACGACCUGUGCUACUGGGUCCCAGAGUUUGUCCGAGAAAAACGAUUUGGAAAUUGGCUGAAAGAUGCCCGUGACUGGGCAAUUUCCAGAAACAGAUACUGGGGAACUCCAAUCCCACUGUGGGUCAGUGAUGACUUUGAAGAGGUAGUAUGCAUUGGGUCAGUGGCGGAACUUGAAGAACUGUCAGGAGCAAAGAUUUCAGAUCUCCACAGAGAGAGCAUUGACCACCUGACCAUCCCAUCACGCUGCGGGAAGGGACCAUUACGUCGCAUCUCUGAAGUAUUUGACUGCUGGUUUGAGAGUGGAAGCAUGCCCUACGCUCAGGUGCAUUACCCAUUUGAAACCAAGAAAGAAUUUGAGGAUUGUUUUCCUGCAGACUUCAUUGCUGAAGGCAUUGACCAAACCAGAGGAUGGUUUUACACCCUGCUGGUGUUGUCCACAGCCCUGUUUGGACAACCACCUUUCAAGAAUGUCAUCGUGAAUGGGCUCGUCCUGGCGAGUGAUGGCCAAAAAAUGAGCAAACGAAAAAAGAAUUAUCCGGAUCCGGUUUCGAUCAUCAAUAAGUAUGGCGCUGAUGCCCUCAGAUUAUAUCUGAUCAACUCCCCGGUGGUGAGAGCAGAAAAUCUGCGCUUCAAGGAGGAGGGUGUGCGGGAUGUCCUGAAGGACGUGCUGCUGCCGUGGUACAACGCAUAUCGAUUCUUCACUCAGAACGUCUUGCGACUGCAGAAGGAAGAAGAAAUAGAAUUCCUCUACAAUGAGCGCACAGUCAAAGAAAGCCCUAACAUCACAGACCGGUGGAUCCUGUCCUUCAUGCAGUCACUUAUAGGGUUCUUUGAGACUGAAAUGGCAGCCUAUAGGCUUUAUACUGUGGUACCUCGCCUGGUCAAGUUUGUGGAUGUUCUGACCAACUGGUACGUCAGGAUGAACCGCAGAAGAUUAAAGGGUGAAAAUGGAAUGAAAGAUUGUGUGAUGGCCCUGGAGACUUUGUUUAGCGUCCUCCUUUCUCUGUGCAGAUUAAUGGCCCCCUAUACACCGUUCCUCACUGAACUGAUGUACCAGAAUCUAAAGCAGCUGAUUGACCCAGUUUCUGUCCAGGAGAAGGACACACUCAGCAUCCACUACCUCAUGCUGCCUCGUGUUCGAGAAGAGUUGAUUGACAAGAAAACCGAGAAUGCCGUGUCUAGAAUGCAGUCUGUGAUUGAACUGGGACGAGUGAUCCGAGAUCGCAAGACUAUCCCAAUAAAGUACCCUUUGAAAGAAAUUGUGGUUAUUCAUCAAGAUCCAGAAGCUCUAAAAGAUAUCAAGUCUUUGGAGAAGUACAUCAUUGAGGAACUGAAUGUUCGGAAAGUUACACUGUCUACAGAUAAAAACAAGUAUGGUAUUCGGCUAAGGGCGGAACCAGAUCACAUGGUCCUGGGGAAGCGUCUAAAGGGAGCCUUCAAGACAGUGAUGGCGUCCAUCAGGCAGCUGAGCGAUGAGGCGCUGCAGCAGUUCCAGAAGACUGGGACCAUUGUUGUGGAAGGCCAUGAACUGCACGAGGAAGACCUCCGCCUCAUGUACACCUUUGAUCAGGCCGCAGGUGGGACUGCGCAAUUUGAAGCCCAUUCAGAUGCUCAGGCACUGGUGCUCUUAGACAUCAGCCCUGACCAAUCAAUGGUAGAUGAAGGAAUGGCCCGGGAAGUCAUCAAUCGUAUUCAGAAACUUCGCAAAAAGUGCAAUCUGGUUCCCACAGACGAAAUAACAGUUUAUUAUAAAGCAUUGUCUGAAGGACGGUAUCUGACUCACAUUAUUGAAAGCCACACAGAUUUUAUAUUUGCCACCAUAAAGGCUCCCUUGAAACCAUAUCCAGUUUCUACAUCAGAUAAAAUUCUUAUUCAAGAAAAAACCCAGUUAAAGGGGUCUGAGCUGGAGAUAACACUCACCAAAGCAUCGUCCCUGCCUGGCCCUGCUUGCGCCUAUGUCAAUCUUAGCAUUUGUGUAAAUGGCAGUGAGCAAGGUGGAGUCUUGCUUCUGGAAAAUCCAAAGGGUGAAAACAGAUUGGACCUUUUAAAACUGAAGAGUGUUGUCACUAGCAUUUUUGGUGUUAAAAACACAGAACUGGCUGUCUUUCAUGGUGCAACAGAAAUACAAAACCAAACCGACUUACUGAGCCUUAGUGGAAAAACACUGAGCGUGACUGCAGGGUCCGCACCGUCACUGGUCAGCAGUCCCAGUACUCUGCUCUGUCAGUAUAUCAACCUGCAACUCCUGAACGCAGAGCCCCAAGAGUGCUUAAUGGGCACAGUGGGGACUCUUCUGCUGGAAAACCCUCUUGGGCAGAAUGGACUCUCCCACCAAGGUCUUCUUCACGAAGCAGCCAAGGUGUUUGGCCUCCGGAGCAGGAAGUUGAAGCUGUUUCUCAAUGAGACUCAAACACAUGAAAUUACGGAAGACAUCCCUGUGAAGAGUCUGAAUAUGAAGACUGUUUAUGUUUCUGUAUUACCAACAACGGCAGAUUUCUAACAUUGGAUCAUUGUGUUUCGGUCACCUUUUACAAACUUAAAUCCAUCGCCUACCCAUGUAUUUACAUCCAGUACACAUACAUGAACAAAUGGACCCUGCUGUUAUCUUCCUUCAGGUUCAUACAUAAUGCUGCUUUGGAUCUAGAACUUCAAUGGAUUGAAUGAUUGAUCAAGUGACUUGAGAACACACAGUAGUGUUCGCGCAUUUCCAUAAACACCUAUGCAGUCAUAUUGGAGAAGGUUUUAAAGUUACCUCAGCAACACAAAGUUUAUUUCUAUGCUUGAGUCCUUAAUUAGAGAAGGCAGAAGUGACUAAAAUGGCAUAAUAUGGCCUUGCAAACUUAUUUGAGACCUCUUGAAGAAAUGAACAUGUUCUAUAUUUCUGCUGCCUGGAUUUUCCUGGGUAAUUGGAUGGAAUAUUUUGUUUCAGUAAAUCAGGCUAAUAAAACGCUAUCAAAUA